AUGUACCUUCUUGAAAUUUGGACAAUAAGUUGUAAAAAGCAUUUACCUACUACUACCACUAUUAGUUUCAGUUGUGUGUUGAACACAAGAAAAGGAAGUGCUGGUUGGAAUUGGUUGGUUGGUUAUAAAGAACGUUACGGAUUAAGUUUAAGAACUCCCGAAAAUCUUUCUUCUGGCCGUGCUAUUUGUUCAAAUCCCACAAUAUUAGCUGACUUUUAUGAAAAUUUGGAAACAAUUUUACUUACACACGAUUUGGUGGAUCGCCCGGACAAAAUAUGGAACGGUGAUGAAACAGGUCUUAUGUACGUCAACAAACCUACUAAGAUUGUCACCAAAAUGGGAAAGAAAUAUGUAUAUAAUCGCAAAUAUGCCGAGAAGGGCACAACAUCCACAGUGCUGGCUUGCAUUAAUGCGGCUGGGCAUUUUCUUCCCCCCUUUAGUCAUAUUCAAAGGGUACCUACGAGAUUUGAUUUCCACGAGUUCCUGACACCAGUCUACAUGAAAAGUUUCACACCUUCCAAUAUAAUAGGAGGAUUUAGAAAAACUGGAAUAUAUCCAUUAAAUAAAAAUGCUUUAUGCUCAGAAGCUAUUGCACCUUCAACGUUGUCAGAUAAACCUGUUCCUACAGAACAGGUA